GCCAAUGAGUCCAUAACAAUUACCAGUCACCACCACCACCACAACCGUUGCAACCAAAACCCCGUUCCUCUUCUUCACACUUCUCUCUCUCGAAUAGGUUCAGUAGUGGUGCCUCUGCAAGCAUAUUGCUUCCGCUAUCUCCUUUUUUCCAUCGCGAACUUCCACUUGAUAUUGUGCACCCGACACAGUUUUCUUUCAAAUGAAGAAUUGACUCAAGCCUUUCAACUCUCAAGCCUCAGCUGAAUUAAGGAUCUUCUUGGAAGAGUGAGGAUGAAAUCCACGUAGAAGUUUUUCAAUUAGAAUUGGAUAGACACACCAGGGUGCUUGGGUAUGGGGAUGGUGCUACCCCAACAGAUUUGUAGGGCUCUAAAUCAUGAUCUUCUGCCAUUUGUUAUUUCCACAUAAAACUUCAGGAUAAGUUCAAUGUGAGUUGCCAAAUGAAGGUGAAAUAUGACACGACAGAGAACUUUCAAACAUCAAAAUCUAUCUAUUGAGCUGAGAUUUUUAAUAUUCUUUUAUUGGCCAUUAUCCUUAUGUUGAACUCCCAUCCAAGACUUGGAUGUCUUUCUUUCUUAUAUUCUUUUCCCAAUUUGUCCAACAAUAUAAAGCAAAUUCAUGCCCAAUUAAUCACUAAUGGCCUGAAAUCUCGUACCUUCUUGGCCAAGUUAAUUGAGCAUUAUAGUGGCUCACCAGACCAAUGCGUUGCCAAUAAUGCACAUUUGGUGUUCCAGUACUUUGACAAGCCAGACUCGUUUCUCUUCAAUACUUUGAUAAGAUGCGUUCAACCCAAUGAUUCUAUUCUUAUUUUCCAAAAUGAGUUUUCAAGGGGACUCAUGUUUUUUGAUGAUUACACUUACAACUUUGUUCUUGGAGCCUGUGCUCGCUCUCCAUCAGUUUCAACGUUAUGGGUAGGUAGACAAAUACACGCCCUGAUAGUAAAACAUGGGGUUGAGUCAAAUAUUUUGGUUCCGACUACCAAAAUAUACUUCUAUGCAAGCAACAAAGAUAUUAUCUCAGCCCGAAGAGUGUUUGAUGAAAUGCCAAAAAGAAGCAGUGUUACCUGGAAUGCUAUGAUAUCCGGUUAUUCUUCCUUAAAAGAUGGAAACAAGAGAUAUGCUUUUAAUGCGUUGUCUUUGUUUAAUGACAUGUUGGUUGAUGCAAGUGGAAUUAAACCAACGGAUACAACCAUAGUUUCUGUGCUUUCAGCAGUUUCGCAAAUGGGUAUGCUGGAAACUGGUGCUUGCAUACAUGGAUUUGCAGAAAAGACAGUGUGUUCUCCUGAACAUGAUGUGUUUUUAGGCACUGGGCUUGUUGAUAUGUACUCAAAAUGUGGAUGUCUUGAUAGUGCCUUGUCUGUCUUCUGGCGAAUGAACCAGAAGAAUAUCUUAACUUGGACGGCAAUGACUACUGGCCUAGCUAUCCAUGGGAAAGGAAAACAAGCCUUGGAGGUUUUAUAUAAAAUGGGAGCUUAUGGGGUGAAGCCAAAUGAAGCAACUUUUACUAGCUUCUUGUCAGCUUGUUGUCAUGGUGGGCUUGUUGAAGAAGGCCUUCAAUUAUUCCAUGAAAUGAAGAGAACGUUUGGUGUAACGCCUCAAAUACCACAUUAUGGUUGCAUUGUUGACCUUCUUGGCCGUGCUGGAAAGUUAAGAGAAGCCUAUGACUUUAUCAUGAGGAUGCCAAUUAAUCCUGAUAUUGUAAUGUGGAGGAGUUUGCUAGGUGCAUGCAAGAUUCACGGGGAUGUUGUGAUGGGAGAGAAGGUGGGGAAGUUUCUUCUCCAGUUAGAAGAGCGGAGUUGUGCAGAGUUGGCUCCGAAGAGUGAGGACUAUGUAGCUUUGUCAAAUGUUUAUGCUUUAGCAGAAAAGUGGGACGAGGUUGAGACUGUAAGGAGAAAAAUGAAAGUAAAGAGUAUUUUGAAUAAAGCUGGUUCUAGCUCUGUUCAAACUUUCAGCAUGGCUGUGUUGUAAUCAAAAUUUUAUAUUUGAUGUUUCUCAAAAAGUUAUGUUAGCAAGGCAAUAAGCUCAUCACAUACGAAGAAUGCCUGAAGUAGCUGAGACCAAGCAAUAUUACGGAAAUAGCGGUGACAGCGAGUACAGAAUAUGGAAAAGUACUCUUCAUCUACAGAUUGGAAAUACGAGAUGCUUUGAAAGCAGGAUGUAGCAUAGCUGAACAAUGUAUAUAACUGAUGUACAAGUAUGAUACUAAUUGAAGUGUUAUUUUUCAGCUUCA